AUGAUUAAUCUCAAUAGUUAAAAUGAAAAGUUUUGUUAGAGAGAAAAAGAGAUAUCUGAAUUCAUUAAGAACAAUUAAGGCAAUAUAAAUCUGGUCUCUGUUUUUCAUGUCGAAUAUCUUGAGAAGCAAAAAUAGUUUGUAAUAAUUAUGGAAAGGUGUGAUUCUAAUUUAAAGGACUUAUUGUAUAAAAAAUAGAAAUUAAAUGACUAAGAAAUUAGCGACUUUCUAAUUCAAUUUCUUAAUGGUUACAAGUUCCUCUAUAAUAAUAAAAUUGUUCAUAAGGAUAUCAAACCAGAUAAUAUAUUAUAUUCAAAAUAAAAUAGCUCUAUUAUUUAUAAAAUAGGAGAUUUUGGACUUGCAAAAGUCUACAAAAACAAUUAGACUACUAAUGAUUUUAGUCGAAACGGCACUCCAGUCUAUUCUGCCCCAGAAGUCAGUGUAAUUAAUACAGAUUAAGAAAUAUAGAAAAAAUUAUUGGAAAUGAAAAGUAUUCAUGCCAAAAGUAGGAUUGACAUUUAUUCAGUAAAUAAUUCAUAAUAAUAGAAAGCUUGGAAUAAUAUUAUAUUAAAUGAUUUUUGGAAAUUUUCCUUUUGA